AUGUCUUUGGUUCCUUCCAUCACACAGGGGCAGACCAAUGCCGUCGAACCUGUCAAGUCUCACAACCAUGGACCUAGGCGUAACACUCCAGUCCCGCUACCUUUUACCGUUGGUUCACAACCUUCUCAUCCUAUGGACCAAUCGCACUUGACGCCAAGCUAUGGUGUUGAUAGCAAGCUGCGAGCCGAGUCUGGAAACCGGCGAAAGCAUUGUUUGGAAAAUCACACAGCCCAACCGCCGCUGGCAGAGCUGCCCCAGAAUCCAGACAGAACUGCCCCAGCAGCCGAGGCUGCAUUCAAAGUAGGGCAGUUCACGGAGCAUGUCACUCAUGCCGAACCUUCUGGCCUGACUGGCGAUUCAAAAGGAAAUUCGUCUCCUGGUGUAACGGCAGCAAAGGCUGAUAAGACUGAGACUGGCGAGAGCCAACUCGUCGAAUCAACGGAUCGACCCACCAAACGGCAAAGAUUCUGUACAGGAUCCGAAGAACCGAUGGGUGUUUCGUAUCAUCCUGCGCAGUAUCAGCCGAGUUGGGAUAAAGACCCGACAUUGCCGACACCCAGCAAAGUGUUGCAAUGUUUGCUGCCCGCCGUAGCCGAGAACCACACGUCAGCAGCAAAGGCAGCGAACCGAGAUUGGCUAGAAGAUCUGCAGGGAUGA